AUUGUCCGCUAAUCUUAUAAUGGAGUGCAUUGAUUGGCACAUGGAAUUGGGAAAUUUGGUCACACUUAAUCUGGCUCAAAACAGAUUGAAAAAACUAACUGGUUUGCGUAAACUCUUAUCGUUAGUGAAUUUAGAUGUUAGCUGUAAUCAAAUUGAAGAUUUGGAAGAAGUUGAUAAUAUAGCCUGUUUACCAAUAUUGGAAAAUCUACGCUUAACUGGGAAUCCACUUGCGGGGAGUGUAGAUUAUAGACCGCGUGUUUUAGCACGAUUCCAUGAGCGAGCUGUCGAAAUUUCACUUGACAGUGAACCAGGCACGCAAAACGAGUUAGAUACUGCCUUAGUAUUAUCUGCCUUAUUAAAAUCAAAAAUGCGACAAAACAAUCGUACACCGAAAUAACAUUUCGCGCUGUGUGGUUCUGAUUCCGAGUUAGCUGGUCGCCAAAUUUUAGUUAACAUAAAAAGGAUUUUAAGCUAAAACUUAAGUAAUUGAGUACUUAUGAAAGAAUCAAGUGUGAGCAAAAGUUAUCGUCAUCAUUCUGGACGAAGUUCACGUUCACCAUCAAGAGAAUAUAGCCGAGAAAGAGAUCGAAAAUAUCGUAGCAGACGGCAGCGUUCGGAUUCACCUCCUCAACACUACAAAAAAUAUAAGAAAUCCAAAAAAUCAAAAAAAUAUUCCAGACGAAGUAGUAGCUCAUCAUCUUCUAGAAGUGACUCCAGUAGUAAUAGUAGCAGUCGUGGAAGCCGAUACUCUAAAAAAUCUAGUUCUCGUUCAAGAAAAGUAUGUUUACCAAGUUCCGAUAGCAAUUCUCACUCAGCAAAAUCCAUUGUGACACCGAAAUUGGAUUUAUUAGAUGCACAAGUACAGAAAGUAUUAACUACUAUUGAAGAAGACGUUUUUAAACCGCAGUCAUUUUUAAGUACUCGCAAUAGAGAUGCUCCACCAAAAGCAUCAACUUCUGAAAAGGUAAUUAUUGAUCUCAACUCAGAUACAAUAACUAUACCGAAGGCUGCAGACACUAUUGAAGAAAAUUUGGAACAUGAAUACUUUCAUCCAAAUUUUAUUGGCGAACAAGAAAAUAAAAUCGAAAAAUGGAUUAAAAGAUUGUAUAAUUAUCGACAAAAAUUUAUUUAA